AUGAAACAACUCAUCCGCCGUCUCUCCCGCGUCGCCGAUUCCGCACACUACAGCCUCCUCCGGUCCGAUUCGCAGCGACCGACCCGCCGCUCCGAGUCGUUCCUCCGAUCCUCGGUUACUCGCCGCGCAAAGAAGAACACAUCCUCUGUUCCCGAAGGACACGUGCCGGUCUACGUCGGAGACGAGAUGGAGAAGUUCGUUGUGAGCGCGGAGCUACUAAACCAUCCGGUUUUCAUCGGUUUGUUGAACCGAUCGGCUCAGGAGUAUGGAUACGAGCAGAAAGGAGUUCUGCAAAUCCCCUGCCACGUGCUGGUCUUCGAGCGAAUCAUGGAGUCGCUUCGUCUUGGAUUAGCAGUGCCGAGUGAUCUCCAGGAUCUAAUCGGCGGCGAGACUCUUUGA